GAAUUGUGGGCAGUCAUUGGUCCUCCGAGACGUACUGUCAGAGACAGAAGAGGAAAAGAGACACCCCACUCGCUGUAUUUUCCUGGUUCAAUUAAUGUCAAUGAACUAAGUAGACCCGACCAGGCCCAGCUGCAAUCGCAUUGGAGUCUGAGAGACGCACCCAGUUAAGUAGACCGGAACUGACCAUUUGUUUCAAUGGUAUACGGCUUGUGUGAACUAUCUUCAUUUAUCCACCAUCUUUGUUACUGUCUGCUGCUCUUCCAUCGGAAAAGAUGGCUGCCUCGGCAGCAUCGGCGGGUUCUACCCCCGGUUUUUGCCCAAGCUACGCCGUGAUAUGCUCCUUUCUAGAGCGGUAUGGAACCUUGCUUGAUUUACCGGAGCUUACAUUUCCACAGUUGGAGCGAUAUCUCCAAGACACAAUCUCAGUUCCAAAGAUCUUGGUGGACCUUCAUGUGAAGUUGUUGAGGAAGAUUGGCAAGUCAGUGUCCGCAGACAGAUGGGAGAAGUACCUUGUGAAGGUGUGCCAUGAGUUCAACAGUACUUGGGCAUGGGAGCUUGAAAAUAAAGGAUACAAGGACAUGUCUGUGGAGUACAAGACUGGAAUCCUCAAACAUUUGUGUGAAUGCCAGUUUGAUGACAAUGUAAAGUUCAAGACAGCAAUCAAUGAGGAGGAUCCUGAUAAGAUGCGGCUUCUCCCCAUUGGCAAGGACAAAGAUGGCCUGAUGUACUGGUUCCAACUUGACCAGGACAAGAAUGUGAGGGUCUAUGUGGAGGAGCAGGACGACCUGGACGGGUCUUCCUGGAAGUGCAUUGUCAGAGACAGAAACAGCUUGGCUGAGAUCCUGGCACUGCUAAAGACUCAAAUCGACCCAGCACUGUUGACAAAGAAAGAAGGAGAGGAGGAAGAUGAGGCGAAAAAUAAUACUGGGGGAGAAGGGGAAGUUAAAAAGACAGAGGAUACCUCAGAGGAUGAAGAGGACAAACCCUCCAAGGGAACAACUUCCUUAGUCUCUCCAAAAACCGAGAUUACAGAAAAAGAGGAAUCACAGCUAGACGAAUCAGAUGCCAAAUCCUCAUUGAAUGGCCUCAAAGAUGAGUCAGAGUCAAAAAGCCAAUCAGAGGAGCCUAUGGUGGAUGACAAGGUCACCAUAAACACCCGGGCCAUCAAAGAAGAGCCAAUGGAGGUGUCAGAAUCCAAGGAGAGCACAGCCACAAAUGCUACAGAGCCUCUUGCAGAGAAACCUUGUCUGACGCCACAAACAGAACAGACAGAUGAAGCCAAGAGGAAGACUGCAAAUGAACUCCAAAGGGCCAUGAAGAAUGACCAGCAGGCCAAAAUCCCAUUGAAAAAGAGAGAGAUGAAACUUUGUGAAAAUUUUGAUAAUAAUAGUGGCGGUGGCAGUAGUAUCUUUGUGCAAAACCCAUCUGUUGCUCCUGUCAAAGAAGCUCCUGAAGUUGAGGAGACAAGUAAAGAGAUCUCUGAUGCCCCGGUGGGGACGAUAGAGUGUAUAAGUGAUCAAAUGAAUGGUGAUGCUCAGCCUACAACAGAAAAAAGCGUCAAUAAUGGUUUAAGAGACUCUGUUGAUGGCAAAAAACAGCAAACAAAAGCUGCUGCUGGGGAAGAACGUAAAGCAGCAGAAGCUAGUGCAAUAGAGAAAAUAAACCUGGACAAGGAGAAAGAGGAGAUGGCAAGCAACACUGAGGUGGCCAUGGCCAAUGAAACAAGUCUACAGAAGAUGGUUUUAGCAGAAAAGGAAAGCACUGAAGAUUCAGAGGAAGUAAAAAAAUCUGCCUUAAAAGAGGCUAAAUCUCCGUCCCCUCUAAUGACAAAGCCAUUGACUUCAUCUAAGGAUGCAACAAGCCCACCGGAGAAGCACUCUGAUUGUAAAGAGGAACAAAAUGUCAAGGUAUCCAAGUGGGAUGUAAAAGUGUGUCGUACAGAACACACAACCUAUACAUCAAUAGAAACCGAUGAAAACCCUUUGUCUAGUAAGUCACAGAAACCAGAUGAAACUAAAGGAACAGAUUCAUCCAUUACCUCUCAAGAGGUCAAGUCAGCUGUCUCUAAGGAAACAGACAAAACAGUUGUCAAUAAGGACGGUUAUCCCCUUUCUGUCGUGAAAGAUAUGGAAAAACCACCCUGCACAAAAGGUACAGAAAAGUGGUCAAACCCUAAAAACCCAGAAACCUCAGUCAUUACUAAGCAAACCGGGAGACCUGACCCAAUUACAGAGAAACCAGACCACUCUAAAUGCAUAAAGAUGCCAACAGUCGGAAAAAAUACAGAGAAACCACCCGACAAAGAGGGUGUAGAGAAAUGUGAUGUUUCUAAAGAUAUCAAAACUUCUGUAAUUAAAAAGACAGAGAUUUCAGAAAAGAGUAAAGAUGCUGAGAACCUGGCCAUCUCUCAAGAGACCAAUACGUCCUCAUUCCUUAAAAAGGCAGACAAACCAGUUUCCAAUAAAGAAGCAGAGAAACUGGAGAGCAUUAAAGAGACUGAUAAAUCGUUGGUCAUUAAAAUGACAGUAAAACCAGAGGCAUCUAAACAUACAGAGAAAUGUGAUAACCCUAAAGACAAUAAAAUGUCAGCUGUCACCAAGGAGAAACCUGCUGUAGGCACAGAUGUAAAGGCUGCCGCUGAGGUGAAGAAAAAAGCUGUCCUGGAGGAAGUUUUCUCAGCGUCUAUCUGUAAAGAUGAAAUGAGAACUGUUGCUAACGCGACUAAGACACAAUCUGGACCAAAAGACAUGGAGAUGGCAGACGUCUCUGAGAAAACAACCCAAUCACAACUGGGUGAACCCAAAAAGGUAGAGAAAUCGGCUACCCCUAAAGAUAUUGGGAAAUCGGUUACCCCUAAAGAUGCAGAGAAAUCUACUAAAUUGGUUACCCCUAAAGAAGGUGGGAAAUCGGCUACCCCAAAAGACACAGAGAAAUCAGCAAUGCCUAAAGAUACAGUGAAAUAUGCUAAAUCGGCAGCACUUAAAGACGCAGAGAAAUUGGCUACCUCUAAAGAUGCAGAGAAGUCUGCUAAAUCAGCUACUCCUACCCCUACAGAUGCAGAGAAGUCUGCUAAAUCCGCUACACCUACCCCUAAAGAUGCAGAGAAGUCUGCUAAAUCAGCUACACCUACCCCUAAAGAUGCAGAGAAGUCUGCUAAAUCAGCUACACCUACCCCUAAAGAUGCAGAGAAGUCUGCUAAAUCCGCUACACCUACCCCUAAAGAUGCAGAGAAGUCUGCUAAAUCCGCUACACCUACCCCUAAAGAUGCAGAGAAGUCUGCUAAAUCAGCUACUCCUACCCCUACAGAUGCAGAGAAGUAUGCUAAAUCCGCUACACCUACCCCUAAAGAUGCAGAGAAGUCUGCUAAAUCCGCCACACCUAACCCUAAAGAUGCAGAGAAGUCUGCUAAAUCCGCUACACCUACCCCUAAAGAUGCAGAGAAGUCUGCUAAAUCCGCUACACCUACCCCUAAAGAUGCAGAGAAGUCUGCUAAAUCCGCUACACCUACCCCUAAAGAUGCAGAGAAGUCUGCUAAAUCCGCUACACCUACCCCUAAAGAUGCAGAGAAGUCUGCCAAAUCCGCUACACCUACCCCUAAAGAUGCAGAGAAGUCUGCCAAAUCCGCUACACCUACCCCUAAAGAUGCAGAGAAGUCUGCUAAAUCCGCUACACCUACCCCUAAAGAUGCAGAGAAGUCUGCUAAAUCCGCUACACCUACCCCUAAAGAUGCAGAGAAGUCUGCUAAAUCAGCUACACCUACCCCUAAAGAUGCAGAGAAGUCUGGUAAAUCAGCUACACCUACCCCUAAAGUCGCUGAGAAAUCGGCUAAAAACACAGAGACUACCUCUAAAAAGAUUGUUCUAUCUUCUAGGGGACAGAAACCAGACACUGAAGAAACUGAGAAACUGGCAGACACAAAGCCAGUUGCAGAAAAAGGAGAGAAACUUGUCACCUUUCAGGACGCCAAGCAAUUACCCUCUCUCAAAACGUCUGUCCCAGUGGAGGUGAAACAGGAGGAACCUAUGGAAAUGCGUUCGGAAAAGUCAACACAUGACAACAUAAAGAUCAAGGGACAUGCUGAAAAAGGCUGGCCAAAAAAGGCUGUUAAAAGUGGAGUGAAGUCUGAGACCAACCCUAUCAAAGACCCAAAGCCCAUGAACUGUGAUGCAUCAUCAGAAAAACAGGCUAUUAGUAAGAAGGCAUCAUCUCUCACUGAGGGUGAGACGGACAAAAGCCAGGACAAAGUAAUCAAGGAAGAUGCCACAACACAGGGAUGCCCCCCAAAAGAGGAUGGGAGUAAGCCUGAUUAUCCUAAGAAAAAUGACAAAAAGGAGGAUGAUGGAACUGAGAAAGAUGACAAAAAUUCAACGGUAGAAGAGAAAUUGGGUCAGGCAAAAGCAAGUGAGGGGUCUGAGGAAGAUGAUAACAAAGAGGAUGAGGACAAGGGUGAAAAAAAGGAUGCGGGAACAACAUCAGAGAUCCAAGAGGAGGGAAUUCGCCUGAAAAUACGCGGGAUUACCCACCGGAGGAGAGCUGAGCUCCAGAGAAAGGAGAGGGACUCUGGGUCAGAUACUGGUGAGACUGGGAGAUCCCUGAGGAGGUCACCCAGGAUCUGCAGGCCGACCGCUAAGGGGGUGGAGUUCCAGGACAGGAGGAUGGAGAAGAAAGAGGCCACACCCCCUGUAGAGAAGGGUGAUGAGGAGAAAACUGUUCAGAGGAAACCGAGAGAGAAGGUUGAUCAAGAUGGACUGUACAAAUCCAAGGGGCGACGGAGGAGAAAGACCCGGUGGUCCAACACUCGAACACAAAGGCGCAAAAAUAAUGAUUCUGGUGAAGACGAUGAAAGUGAGUCGAGCGAAGAGGAGAGCGAGGAGGACAACAGUGAUGAGAGCUUUAAGGUGGAGAGGGGCAAGAGGAGGAAGAGGAACAGAGAGAGGCACAGCGACGACUCUGACACCUCCUCGGAUGAUGACCUCCCCCCUAACGAUGACCCCUGCAAACACUGCGGCCUCCCCAACCAUCCUGAGCUGAUUUUGCUGUGUGACUCGUGCGAUAGCGGCUACCACACAGCUUGCCUCAGACCCCCUCUCAUGAUCAUCCCAGAUGGGGAGUGGUUCUGCCCACCCUGCCAACAUAAGCUGCUCUGUGACAAGCUUGAGGAGCAGCUUACUAAUCUCGACGCUUCCCUGAAAAAGAGGGAGCGCGCUGAGCGACGAAAAGAGCGGUUGGUCUAUGUUGGAAUCAGUGUUGAAAACAUCAUCACUCCCUCGUUGGAGGUAGAGGAAGAAAGGGAGGAAGAGGUGGUGAAGAAGGAGAAGAAAGAGCGAACCAAGAGCUGGGGUCGAAGGUCCACAAGGGCAAAGAAAAGCAUAAGCUACAGGUUUGAUGAAUUUGAUGAGGCUAUUGAGGAGGCAAUUGAAGAAGACAUCAGAGAGGCUGAUGGUGGAGGAGCUGGUCGAGGCAAGGACAUGGCCAACAUCACAGGCCAUAGCAGAGGGAAGGACAUGUCCACUAUCCUGGCAGCAGGAGAGGGUGGCGAGGGCAAGGAGAAUGGGUGCCUGCCGCGGCCCAACGCCAGCCAGCGCAGGAAGAAGCGCCGGCGUCUCAACGACCUGGACAGCGACAGCACUAUGGAGGAGGAAGAGAGCGAGGACGAGUUCCGUCUCAGUGACAGUACGGAGGAAGAGGAGUUUGUGGCGUCGGACAAGAGCGAUGCAGAGAGCGAAGUGGCAGUCGACUCCAAUGACGACAGCGACUUCGGCAGCACACAACGCAGAACCGCCAGGACAAGGAGGCCAGCCAAACGUCAGAGGAGUGCUCAGACGCGACAGCGCCGCACACCACGAAGGUACUCAGACGAUGAAGAGGAAACGAGUGAGGAAGAAAUGGUGUCGGAGGGCUCCAGCGAGUUCAGCGAUAGCGACCUGGACUGUAGCCGACGCCGAUCCCGCCGGAGUCAGACGACGAAGCAGGUCAACUACUGCGAGUCGUCCGGAGACUCUGACGGCUCCAAGGCCAACACAAACCGUGACAAAGUCAAACCGUGGCGGCGCCUCGCCAGUUCAGACAGCGAAGCGAGCUCCUCCAGAGGCUCAGACGACAGGGAGAGGACUAGGUUAAAGAGGAGGGACGACUCGUCUGAAAAAGAGUCCCAGCAGCACCGCAGACGACUUUCGCUGAAACGGCGGCGAGCCUCUGAGGAGGACGAUGACGACCACGAUUCCGAUGAAUCAUCGGAGGGAGAACGUCCUGUCCGCAAGCGUGUGAACCGCAUUGACUCGGACGACUCUGACAAGGAGGAGGAGAAGGAGACGAAAGAAACCAGGGAAGAGGAGGAAGGGGGAGUGCUGGGGAAGGGAGCCAGCCCGUUGGACUACGGCCUGGUGGAGCUGCAUCCCCCCACCAACGGACAGAGUCCCAUCAAGGCCCUAGAGGGCCUGGCUCACAUUGGGCCCCAAAAACCUGGGGCCACAGCUGUCGCCAUAGCGCCCAAUGGACUGGAGUUGGCACCACAGGAUGAUGAUGAGGAUGACCUGCUUGGGGUCACAGACCUGGUGGACUUUGUCUGCAACAGUGAUAUGUUGUAAAAACCCAAGUUGUACGUUUGUUCUUUUCUGUAGUAUUUUUUAAAAUGUUUCUGUCCUGUCCUUAUUAUAAAACUGUUUUAUUCAUCCUCCUUGUCCCCCCCAUUAGUAUGACCCCAUCCAUUCGUAUGAACUGGACAUCUUACGGGGGGAAAGUUCAUUGUCUUCACACCUUUCGCAGUGUGAUUGUACAGUCAUUGAGAGCACUAACUCCGAAGGUUGUUAAGUGGCACGUUACUUUGCAUUGUCUUAUCCUCUGUAAAUGACACACAAAUCAACCUACCUGUUUCUCCAGCCAACUUCCAGGGUUGUCUACUCAGGGGUCCAUCCACUACCCCCACAUACAAAGAGUCCAUCUCCCAAAUUCUUGGUUGUGUUCAUUAGGCCCCAAACGGCAGAAAACCGACAGACCGAGAGGGACUACCUUGCCUUGUCCAUUUAAGAAACGCUGAUUUUCUGUUGUGUGACCUAAUGAACAUGACCCAUGACUUCCUGUCCUGAGAGGCACCUCUCAGUAUUCCUGCCUAGCAAAGAGGACAUUUUAUUGUAUGACAUUAAUUGUUUGUUGGUAGGAUGUAGAUGUGUAUUGUUGUUCAACAUUUUUAUGAGAAUAGAUGUCAGGGGUCAAACUGCAUUCCAUUUACGACUUAAAUUAACAUAGUUUUGUGGAUCAACUGCUGGAAACCAAUCGUUGUUUUUAUCCCCCUGCUCUUUACCCCAAACUUUAAAUAUGAAUGUCUUCACUUUUUUGAUAUUUGAAUUCCACAUUUUAAUCCUCUUACAUCGAUCAAACUAUUUAUUCUUUGUUUUGAUGUGUUAAAUUCUAUUAGUCAUUUGUUUGAUAAGCUAAACCAUUACACAGGUUUCCCACUUUCUUUUAUAGACCAUUUAAAACAAGCACUGGAUGAAAAAGCAUGAGCAUAACAGUUUUUAAGUCAGAAUUCCCAUAGGAAAACAUGACACAGAACCAUCGUCAUCAUCAUGCUAGAAACAGACUGGGAGACCAGACCCAUACUUUCUAGAAAAUACAAUCUCCAAAAGAGUGUUUCUCAUGGAUUUGGUUAAUUGUUUUUACCCAAAGUAUUGAAAUGUUGUACUGCAGCCUAUAUCCCGUUUUUAUUUUUAUCAAACGUUCCCAUCAAGUGGUAUUUUAACCGUUUUUAAUUAUUGUUACAUACACUAUUAAGGCAGCUAGCUCCUCAGUGCAUCACGCCAAAUUACAGGUGUCAUUUAAUCAACAUUAAAAUCCGUUAACUACCACCACAUUGACAAGACUUUCCUUUAAAUGGAGGUUUGAGUGUAUUUAAUGUCACCAACUAGAGUAGACCAACCCUGAUCUUCUCACCUCUGUGCAUAUGUUUCUAAAAACCCUAGUUUAGUUUUUGUGUACGUAUAAAUAUAAUUUGUGUGUGCUGCCAACACUAUCAAUGGAUUAAAUGCCCAUGUUUUAGACUUUUUUUAUAUGCUAAUAUUCGAAGGGAUUUGUUAUGUACAGAAUUUUCUGCCAACUUUCUCUGUUCCUCUCAAUAACCAUGUCAGCAUUGUAACCAUUAUUUUACGUACGUUGUGUUUUUAUAAUGUAUAUCAAAUCAUCCACUUAUUGUUUUCCUCCUUAGCAAACCAAGUGGCAUACUGUUUCCUAUGUACCUUCUUGUCAAUACUGUAUGUAGGUUCAAAACCUUGAAGUAAAGGUACUUACUGAGUAUACACCUAACUAACUACCUGUCGUUGUUCAUCGACUAUUUUUUAUAUAUUUUUUAAAUAUGUUUUUAAAGCGUCCCCUGGUCUUUUCGGAACCCUCUGCCACCACCAGUGUUGAUUGUAGAGAACACUACCCUCGCUCUAGUCUUCCCUCUACAUCUUACUGCAUCAACUGGAGACUAAAUAAACGUCUCCGAUCUCAAAAGCCUAUCCUUUGUCUGUUCUCAAAUAUGAGCUAAUUUUGGUUUUAGGGUUCCAUUUUGAGGUCAGGUUAAAUCACUGCCUUUCUGGGCCUAUGUUUAAACAGUUUCUCAGAGUAGGACUGCUGUCCAUAUUACUCAUAAUGAUCUAAAAUGCAACUGAUCCUAUAUCGGCACUCCUACUCUGAGACUGAAUACAGGCUCUGGCCUUGAAUCAAAAGAAGAUUAUGGAUAAACGGCAUGCUGGAUUAAUCUUUGUUAGGGAAUGAUAUACCAGAAUGCAACUUGUUUGGGGAAAUGGUUCAGACCAUAAAUUGACCUCUAAUGUUAGUGUGUAUAUCUAGUUUUUGCUGUAAUGUAUAUUUAGAGGCAUUUUCUUUUAUCGAAAUAAAUAUAUUUGGCAAUUAUUUAUGAUUGCAUCUGUUUAUAAUAGUUUUCCUUGUAGAGGGGUUGUGAUAUUGGCACCACUGUUUUGUAAUGAAUUCAUUGGAUAUCUGGCAUGUUUGUUGGAUGUUAUUUUGUUAUGUGCAGAUGCGUUGGCCACCUUAAGGAUUUACAAGGUUCAAUAGUCACAGACCUCUAAACUCUUUUGCGCAGCAGUGUUCCUUGUGUCUUGCUACUGAACAAGAGAGCAUGAACCAACCACUGGAGGCACGGACGACACCUGGCAGGACUGAUGAGUUGUGUUCAGUAAGCAUAAAAUGGUAGAAAACAGAGUGAAAUGGGGAGGUGCUAACUAAACUUGUCCAAUAUGAAGCCCUUGUUUUAAUUUUCAGUUGUGCCCCAAUGAACAUGACCCUGGACACAAAGGUGGCCAUCGUCAGAAUCAUGGGAAAAGUUCAAGAUAAUUUCUUAAUUAGAGCGCAUUUAAGCCUGCUUGUAAAUUUGUCUUUUGUAAAGAAGUGUUGGCAUGUGUUCAUCACCAAUGGUAAACUUCUGAUUAGUCUUGGUUAACCACACAAUGUUUUUAAUACUUCCGUGUGAAGGAAGAUUUCCGAGGCUAAUUAAAAAUAAUUUCUGAGCUGCCUGCAAUGCACUCCACUAACAUGAUAAUAUUGACUUGAGUUACCGCACCAUUAGUUGGACUGCCCCAAAGCGUCUACUGGCAGUUGCAUUGUGGGAAUCAUAUGCAAAUGACUAGGGUUAGUUUACCAUCGUUUUGGGAUGAAAAAAAUGUCUGAUUUCUGAUGUCAUGUUUUCAAGAGAUUACGUUUAUCACCUGUAUUUCAUGAGUAUGACAUGGUGGACCUACUUCAUUUUAAAUGACAAAUCUGUUGGAACAAAUGAUCAUAUAAAGGUACACUAGUUGGGAGGGGCAGUCUGACACACAGGCAGUCCUCUGUCAGGGUGAAGUUGGUGCCAAUGAUUCAAAAGUGUUUGUUCCUUAUUAUUAUUUAUUACAGGUAGAAUUGGAAGACUGGGGAGACAACUAUACUGUAGGUCUGGUAUAUCAACAUUAGCUUGUAGAUUGGUUUUCUAUGUUUUGUCUGUUACUCUUCAAUACCUUUUUGUUAACUUUACUCUAUUUUCUUUCAUAUUAAUACGAUCUGUACAUUUGUCAUAAUAAAAAGCUUUUUUAAACAAGGAA